AUGAUGGAUCUUCUUUGUAUCCUCUUCUCUCUUCUCAUCUCUUACAUCAUCUUCAAGAUCUGGAAACGCAUAGACUCCAAGAGAGAUCAAAACUGCUACAUCUUGGACUACCAGUUACACAAACCCUCCGAUGAUCGUAUGGUAAGCACUCAAUUCAGCGGUGAAGUCAUCCUUCGAAACAAAUACCUUCGACUCAACGAGUACAAGUUCCUCCUCAAAGCCAUCGUUAGUUCCGGUAUCGGAGAGCAAACUUACGCACCAAGGCUCUUCUUCGAAGGCCGUGAAGAGCAUCCUACGUUACAAGAUGGGAUCUCGGAGAUGGAAGAGUUUUACGUAGACACAAUCCCGAAACUCCUCGAGAGAAACAAACUCUCACCUACCGAUAUCGACGUCCUCGUAGUCAACGUCUCGAUGCUCAAUUCAACUCCUUCACUAGCUGCAAGAAUCAUUAACCACUACAAGAUGAGAGAAGACAUCAAAGUUUUCAACCUGACGGCGAUGGGAUGUAGUGCGAGUGUCAUCUCCGUGGACAUAGUCAAAAACAUCUUCAAAACAUACAAGAACAAGCUUGCACUCGUUGUAACCUCUGAGGCACUUAGUCCUAACUGGUACAACGGAAACAACCGCUCCAUGAUCUUAGCCAACUGCUUGUUCCGCUCGGGUGGCUGCGCCGUUCUCUUGACGAACAAGCGUAGUCUGAGCCGGAAGGCCAUGUUUAAGCUAAAGUGUUUGGUAAGGACGCACCAUGGAGCCAGAGAGGAUUCAUUCAACGCAUGUGUCCAAAAGGAAGACGAGCUAGGCCGAGUCGGUGUCCACUUAGACAAAACUCUUCCAAAAGCGGCGACUCGUGCUUUCGUGGACAACCUCAAAGUCAUCACUCCCAAGAUUCUUCCGGUAACAGAGCUCUUGAGGUUUAUGUUGUGUCUUCUUCUCAAGAAGCUUCGUAGAAGCCCUAGCAAAGGCUCCGCGGCGUCGAACGUGACUCAGGCAGUACAAAAGGCAGGGAUUAACUUCAAGACUGGUAUUGACCAUUUCUGUAUUCACACGGGAGGUAAAGCGGUUAUCGACGCAAUCGGUUACAGCCUCGACUUAACCGAAUACGAUCUUGAACCGGCGAGGAUGACGCUGCACCGGUUUGGGAACACGUCAGCGAGUAGCUUGUGGUAUGUUUUGGGGUAUAUGGAAGCGAAGAAGAGGCUCAAGAGAGGAGAUAGUGUGUUCAUGAUCAGCUUUGGGGCAGGUUUCAAGUGCAAUAGCUGCGUUUGGGAAGUUGUGAGAGAUCUUACUGUUGGAGAGUCUUUAGGGAACGUGUGGAAUCACUGCAUUGAUCAAUACCCACCGAAAUCGAUUUUGAAUCCUUUUCUGGAGAAGUAUGGUUGGAUUCGUGAAGAAGAUCCCGAUACUUUCAAGAUCCCCGAAGAUAUUAUGUGA